CUUCGCUACUGUCACAGUGACACUAUCUUCUUCUUCUUCUUCUCUUCUUGUUCAUCUUGCUCUUCAAAAAUCUUUCGUUUCCCCCACAAUCAAAACCCUGUUCCCUAAUGGCGUCAAUCAAUUUCAAUUUCUUUGAUAACUGGUUCAACAAACCACCAAACCCAUUUCCUCCAAUAAACCUUCUCCCACUAAUCCACUCUUUAUCCUCAAAAACCACUCAACAGCAACCACCCUCCAAUUUUGCUUCCAUUUCCAUCUCAAACCCAUUUAACAAACCCAAGAAGCCCGAACAAUCUGAAGCAGACCAACAACCCGGAUACUGGCAACAAAUGCUAGACCAGUUCUUUUACGAACACGAAAACCUACCCGAUUACCGCCAUACACCAGAAGUCGAAAGAAUCCUAAACGACCACCCGUAUUUAGAACAGAAAGAAAACCCAACUGAAGAAGAAAUUCGAGAAAAUGAAAGGUUUUGGAAAGAAAUCGAGUCCAACCCAGUUGUUAAGUUCUUGGCACGAGCUGAACAAAUUGAUGACAAGAUUAAUGAGAUGGAGUUGAAAGCAAAUGAGAUUCCGUAUCGAUGGGAGGACAGGAAGAUGUGGAAGAACGUGCCAAAUGUUAUUGGACCGGACGGCAGGCCAAUGCCAAGAAAGGCUAUAAGGACUAGGAAAGAAAGUGAUGAUAAGUUUUGGGAUUUUGCUAAGCAGUUCUUUUUUGGGUUAUGGGGGUUUAGGCAAAGACCUUAUCCGUCUAGUAGACCUAUUGAUGUUGCUCAGGCUAUUGGAUAUAAAAGAUUGGAGCAGCGAUACUAUGAUUUUAUUAUGAGAAGUGGUGGAUUUUAUUAUAAGGAUCGACUGGGAAGGACACGAGGACCUAUGGAGUUGAUACAGCUCAAAACUGCUUGGGGUGCUGGGAUAAUUGAUAAAGAUACUUUUAUAUGGGGUGAGGAUAUGGAUGAAUGGGCUCCAAUACAUAUGAUUUAUGGCAUGGAACGUGCCAUUGCUACUUGGGAAGUUAGACUUGGUGCCGCAGCAACAGCUUUCCUUCACAAACUUCAGAAAGGAAUUCCUCCUUGGGUUCCUCUGAAGGGACAGGAGUGUAAAACCUACAAACAGCUGCAACAAGAGGCGAUAGAGAGCAAAAAGCGUGACUUAGCUGUUUUAGAAGCUAAUGACGGUGUAUGGCCAGGAGCUAGAAUUCCCAGCCAUGCCCUAUUUCUUUGGGCAAGUGGUUCUGAGCUGACCACUAUUUUGGAAGCUGACCAUAUGCCAAACAAAUACAUUCCAAAAGAUCUCAGGCUCCAAUUGGCUAAAAUUAUCCCUGGCUUAAGGCCAUGGGAGGUUCUAAGUGUUGAGCAAGCAAUGGAUCAAAUAACAUAUGGUGGCCAAUGGUACCGUGAACCGCUUGGCUCAUAUACAACAGGUCCGCCAUACAUCCGGCAUUGGAACAAAGAUGUCAAGAGAUUGUUUCGGACUUUCUACAAUCUCAGCAUCCAAGUUUACAACAAACUGAACAGGACAAUUCCUGGUUUCGAGGCUAUAUUGGAGAAAGUCCAGGCUGAUGCUGAGAUCAGGAAUGCCAGACGUGAAGAGAAGAGAAAAGCACAAAAGAGAGCCGCCCGGUAAGUGAUGUUAAACAUGUGAUUUGAGAAUGACAGAUAGUGUCACUGUGAUAUCAAAGUUCCUGACUUUGGAGGAUUUAAUGUUAACCCAAAGUGAAAAUUCUAAAUUUCUAUACUUAUGGCAAAUUUUAGACAAAAUGGGUUCAUUCAGCUUUGAAAUGAGAGGUAGCUCUUGAUUCGUCUUUCAAGCUUUUUGAAGGUGAUCAAGAACAAAAUUAGGUGACGCCUUGUAUUUCAUGAAUGCCUGUAAUGAUUAGAAAGUUUAAAUAGGAAAAAAUGCAAAGAAAUUUGUUUGGACCAAAUUGUAUCAUCUGAGCAUGUGUGCAUGAGAAUGCAUUGUCUGUUGUAGGUAAAUUCUGGUGGGUUCUAUACUGGGUCCAUCUCCAUCGCGAUGAGUCUAUUAAAGAAACUCGGAUCUGAAUCCUUUUAUGCUACAUUUUGCAGUUAUUUUUUGAAAGAAUAAUAAUUUUAGAGAUUUUAA